CAUGCCGGGAGGAGGUGAUUACAUUGUGUCUAUUGUAUCCCUGGAUUUGUGUGUUUGUACAUUUCUCGGGACGUGAAAUUGAAAGUGAAAAGCAUGGCAGAUGAGCAAGAAAUAAUGUGCAAAUUGGAAAGCAUUAAAGAGAUCAGGAAUAAGACCCUGCAGAUGGAGAAGAUCAAGGCCCGUUUGAAGGCUGAGUUUGAGGCCCUUGAAUCAGAGGAGAGACACCUGAAGGAAUACAAGCAGGAGAUGGACCUCCUGCUACAAGAGAAGAUGGCCCAUGUGGAGGAGCUCCGACUGAUCCAUGCUGACAUCAAUGUGAUGGAAAAUACCAUCAAACAGUCUGAGAAUGACUUAAACAAGCUGCUAGAGUCUACCCGCCGUCUACACGAUGAGUAUAAGCCACUGAAGGAACAUGUGGACGCCCUGCGCAUGACUCUGGGCCUGCAGAGGCUCCCUGACCUAUGUGAAGAGGAGGAGAAGCUCUCCUUGGAUUACUUUGAGAAGCAGAAAGCAGAGUGGCAGACGGAGCCCCAGGAGCCCCCCAUCCCAGAAUCCCUGGCCGCUGCAGCCGCUGCCGCACAACAACUUCAAGUGGCUAGGAAACAGGACACCCGGCAGACAGCCACCUUCAGGCAGCAGCCCCCGCCUAUGAAGGCCUGCUUGUCAUGUCAUCAACAAAUUCACCGGAAUGCGCCCAUAUGCCCUCUGUGCAAAGCCAAGAGUCGGUCCCGGAACCCCAAAAAGCCAAAACGGAAGCAGGACGAAUGAAGAAGAGAGGGAGAACACAGAGAGCGCUACUGCUCAUCAGCCCUCCCCUUGGCCAGUGAACAAUGUCCUGAUGUGAAACAACCCUUCCCCACCUCUACCAAGUCUCCAAUUUAAUGUGAUGGAAGCACAACCCCUCUCUCACUAUGCUCUUCUUUCUUUCUUCUCUCGGGGCUUCUGGUUUAGGAAGAGGUGUAGUUCAGGUGCUAAUGACAGUAUGUCUGAUAAUCCCUUCUCUUCCGCCCACAUUUCAACCCCUGCUCUUGUUUGGAGCUAAGGCUAGGGCAGAAGGCCCAAAUGUGAUUCUCCGUCUCUUGUGCCUGAGGGCUGGGACCUAAGAUCCGAGGGUUAGGGGAGGCCCAUAUCUUAUUUAGUAUAAAGGCUCCAGUGUGCCCUUCCUUAAGAGAGAGGUGAAGGGAGAGGGAAAAAGUGGGAGAGAAACAUCACUGUGUGGUUGCCUCUCACACACCCCCGACUAGGGACCUGGCCCACACAACCCAGGCAUGUGCCCUGACUGGGAAUCAAACGGGUGACCUUUAGGUUCGCAGGCCUGUACUCAGUCCACUGAGCCAAGGCUCCCUCCCUGUACUUUUGCCUUAGGCUUUGAAGGGACAGCAAUGACUUUCCAAUAGGCCUGGUGCAUUUAUCUUCCCUACCCUCAUCUCAUCCACAAGGCCCAGAGGUAAUUUGGACAAGCUCUCCUUUUUAUAUUCAUUUUGGAGGACUGGGUGUUAUUAUAGAGUUCAGCAUCCCACACCACCCCCAGUCUCCCAGAUACACAAAAGUUCUCAGGUACCAGGCUGUGUGUCUGGGGAUCCCGAGAUCUGCGGGUCUUUCUUCCAUAGUCCUAAUGUUUGCAAAUCAGUAGUAGAAAUUCCCUGUAGUGAGAUCAGGGAGCUGGAGCUAUACCCCCUUCAUUAAGUCCUGCCUAACUCGCCGCCUAAGUCAUCGCACUAGGGCUCUGCUAUUGGGGUUGCCUUAGGCUUGGAUCGGCCCCAGGCUGACAAUUGUGUUGCCAUUUAUUCAAAGUCACACAUGAGUGGGUUGAGAUCCGAGUGAGUGGCAAUUACUUUACCCAUGUGAGUGGGUGGGACUUCAUUUAUCCCUCCUUCUCUUGGGUCUCCCCACUUCUGUAAGGCGGCCUCAGCUCAGGUCAGCUGCUGGCCACCCCCUUUCCUGUGGAUUGUACAGGUGGCUUUCCCUCCCCAAAGAAAAGGCACCAGGGUCACCAAGCCCUACAGCUCUCUACCCCACCAAAGCCAGAUCGCUAAUAAAGUCACCUCAGACUUAAGGGACAGGGAUGGGGGUCGGCUGACUGAAAAAGUUUUAGCUCCAGGUCUCAGUCCGUGGCUGGGGAAGGAGGGAGAUUUUUCCUUCCUUCCUUAACUGCAGUUUUAAGUUUCCACAGUGUCUGUGUUCAAAAUAUAAGAGAUUCCUCUGCUCUUGGAAAGUAAGAGUGUUAUGUCUGUACAAAUCCUUUUAAAUAAACAUUUGUUCAUUGGAGUAAA